GCCUUUUCAUGGAGAUACGGCCGACAACAGGACCAGUAUUCAAAAAUUGAAUUGCCGCACACCUAGAUUCCAACCAUUAUCCAAUAAUUAAGAUAGCAAGGCUAGGCAGAUUAAACGUAAUUUAGUUCCUACGCUCCCACUAAUUCGAAGAACUUUAAUAUCUUCUCUAGCGUUUUCAUCAACCUCAUUAUCAUCUCCAAUCGCUCAUUCUCUCUCAAGAUUCACCUUCAUGGAUUCUUGUGCGCCCAACAAUUUUGGGGCUUCACAAAAGCUUGUGGCUUUAGCUCAACAGCUGCGCCAAUACAAGCCACCUCCAAUACCAUUUGAUGAUGAUAACAAGGAACAAAAAUUGGAGGAGAGUGCAGGGAAAUUGGUUUCCCAAUUGGGUUUUGCUGAAUCUGUAACCCCCGUUGCUCAACAGCCACCUGAGAGGUUCAGACCUAAGAGAGCUGCAGUCCUCAUCUGCCUCUUUGAAGGGGAUUCUGGAGAGUUUAGAGUCAUUCUCACUAAGAGAUCGUCAAAGCUUUCCACUCAUUCUGGUGAAGUUUCAUUGCCUGGAGGUAAGGCAGAUGAGGCAGAUGCCAAUGAUGCUGAGACAGCAACUAGGGAAGCAAAAGAAGAAAUCGGGUUGGAUCCUUCCCUUGUAAAUGUUGUCACUUGUCUUGAACCAUUCUUGUCAAAGCAUCUCCUUAGAGUAAUCCCUGUUAUUGGCAUACUGUCCAACAAGAAGGACUUCAAUCCCUCUCCGAAUGCUGCUGAAGUAGAAGCUGUAUUUGAUGCUCCCUUGGAAAUGUUUCUCAAGGAUGAAAAUCGAAGAUCAGAAGAAAGAGAGUGGAUGGGCGAGAAGUAUCUGAUCCAUUUUUUUGACUAUGAAAUGAACGAUGAAAAGUACCAGAUAUGGGGUUUAACUGCCGGAGUUUUGAUUAGGGCAGCAUCAAUUGUGUAUCAGAAGCCACCUGCUUUCCUAGAGCAAAAUCCCAAAACCAAAGUUCCUAGGGUCGUGAAGAAAGAUACUAAAAUGCCUUAAUUUAGACCAAAACCUGUUCCAUUAUAACCACUUUUCUUAGCUCCUAUAUGCUGGAUACUCCUGCUCAGCUUAUGCAAGUUAUAUGUUUUCUUGGUAGAUAAUUUCAUAUUGUUAAAACCAAAAUUAAAUUCUAAAAAAGUAAAAACCUUCCAGGUUAGGUGUCUCAAAUCUUCUGCUAACCAUUUCCAAACAAAAUGUGCAUUUCUAAGACUUCAUAUGAGCUGGAGAUGAGGGAAUAAUUAUGAGUGCUUACUCCUUGGACCCCAUUGAAUCAGUGGAUAUUGUCUAUACCUCUAUGUGGUUGUGUGUAAGUUCUUCUUGAUUACUCUUAUUUCUUUCUGAAACGGAUAUUACCCUUUUUAUGGAGUUCCAUGGACUGCAUAAUUUUCACUAUAAGGUUUGAGUGAGUUACAGGUGAAGUGAUUUGAGCUACUAAUGGAAACGUGUUUUAACGGUUUGAGGGAAAGAACUCAUUCUCAAUAAUAGAAGGGUCUCCACUGCUUCAAUUCUUCCUGAAGUGGAGCAGCAGAAGAAUUGAAAUGUUUCUGAUCUUGGGGCAGAACAGGUAUUUGUUCUGGAUGUAUUAUUUAUUGUAUUCUUGUGACUGGUAUAGAACUUUGUACUCUAAAACUGUGGAAUGUUGAAAUUUUAAAGUUUGAGAAGAAGCCAGUUUCUGUAAAUGCAUUGGUUUUAAAUCAGUUUUAACUGAUUCAUG